CCCUACCAAACAAAAUCUUCUCAAACCCCAACCUCUCACCAACCGUCACUUCAACCAAAAUAUGAAAUUCAAGGUUUCAGCUGGUUGCUUCAAAUGCAAGAUCUUCAAAAACCCAACUAGGAAAUUAACCCAAAUGCUAAAGAAAUUCAAGCUCAAGAAAAGCCUCUGUAUAAGACCCUUAUGCUUCCGACCAUCACAACCCAAACCCAACUCCACAAAUAAUAAUAGCAAUUCAUCAUCCCCAGCCAGAAAGAAAAAACUGAUCAACCGUCUCAAGUCAGUUCUGUUUUGCUCCAAUAGAGGACGACAACAGAGUGUAGACAUGGACCGUCUAAUGAAGCUCAAGAGUUUCUCCGAUUCUGGGCAGCAGCAAAAGGCACCAAAUUCUUCCCCAAUAACUCCCGCUUAUGUAAGGACUAGCGCAGCAGCAGCAGCCUGCCUAAGAUCAGAAGUUAAUUCUCCAGUGGUGGUGGUGGCUGAAGAUGCUUGCCGCAGUUUCGAGAGCUAUUUGGUUGAGAUGAUCGUGGAAGAAGGGAAACUAAAUGAUUUGAUGGAUGUUGAAGAACUUCUCUAUUGCUGGAUGAACCUUAAAUGUCCUAUUUUUAAGGAACUUGUUUGCAGAUUCUAUGGUGACCUAUGCAAGGACUUGUUCUCCAACAACAACAACUAACUAAUUAGCUUUCUUAAUUUCCUUCAUUUUACAUUAUCAUGUUUUUCAAUUUUUCUGUUUGUUAAAUGAAAUUAAUUUCAAGUCU